GUUUCAACACGAUUAAUCACUAUCUAAACAAGUAUGGCUGCUGCUUGAGAAGAGUCAAGAUUAUUAUUUAUAUUAUGGUUGAAUUAGGAAUGGUUUGUUCUACUGAUGUCAAUAUUAAAUAUGACACUGGCAGAUUAGAAUGGCUGCCCUGUGGCUCCAAUUUUGACAGCAUUAAUGUGUAGGUACUGUUCAGGGCUGUUUGUUUUGAAUAUUUUAGGGGUUUUUGAUGAAGUCAUCGUUGAUAUGAGGAGUACGUAAAACCGAGGGUUCGUAUAACUGGGGAAUUUGAAGUCAAGAUAACAAAAAUGUCCUUUGAGAGCUGUUCUAAGAAGCGUUCAUUAGAGGAUGAUAUUGACCAAAAGUCAAAACCAGCCAUUGAUGAUUUUUGCAGGAAAAAGUUCAAGCCAAUUGCUCCAAAACCCACCCUGAAAAAAGACCAACACCAAGCGGUAGUUUUAACAACUCUUCCUGUUAAAAGUUCUUAUCUUGAAGAUAAUGACAGCUGCAAGAUGAAAUGUAUUGCAACAUCUGAAUCUGAAAAACAGAUGGUUCUUAUGUCACCACCACACAUGCAUGUAAUGUCAAAUCUUCCAGUCAUGUUACAUACUCCAACAUUGGUUGCCAUGAACAGUUGCAGUCCGAUGCCUGUUCUUGCAAACUAUUCAUUUGUUAUUCCUGUUGGAUGUGGACAUUGUAACUGCGGGAAGUCGACACCACAGCAAGUUACUGCGCAGGUUCUUUGCACAAGCUCACCUAAAAACUCUUGCUCACAAUGUGUUGAUGAGCAUUGUUGUAAUAAAAAUUUAGAGAAAGACAGAUGCAAAUCAUGUGACAGUAACUCUGGUGAAAGAUUUAUUUCUUCUUCCAGUAAGAAAUCAUCAGAAAAUGCAGUAAACUGUUGCAGUAAGAAAGAAAAAUCUGCUCAAGUACCUAUUCUACCAUUAAAUGCAAGUCUUCCAUCCAACUUAAAUGAGAUUUUAAAACUCAGACCAGAGAAAUAUAAAUACAGUAUGUUGCUGAAUAAUCCAGGAACAUAUAAUCAAUUUGCUGAAAAGACUUCGAGGCAAACUAACAACAUUCAGUUGAACAGUCAGUUUCCACCUGCUACCACAAGUUGUGGAUUUUCAUUGACUACCCACCAGACACCAUCCCCCAUCAACGUCGUGUCAUGUUCAUUAACAGGACCUACUAAACAUACACAGAAAAAUUCACAGGAAUCAAACAGUAGUACACAUUCCAGGAGCUUAGUUCUUCCGACUACUACUCCGUCCUCCCAAAGAACAUUGGUGCCCUCGCAUAUUUCUGUAGUUUCAUCAGCCAAUACUUGUCCUAAUUCCACCAAAGAACUUAUUCAUCAAUCUCACCAAAGGUUUAUAAAUUCUAGAGCAGUAGAACCAAUCAUCAAUUCUAGAACUACAAAUUUAGUAUCCCCUAUGUCAGUUGAAAAAGACAAUCAAAGUGAAGGCAAUAGAAGAAUACUUAAUCCAUUGGAUUCACACAAUUCUCAAAGAAUAUCAUACACUGAUAAUUCUAGAUAUAUUUCUUUUGAUAGAAACACAACAAUGAUACCUUCAAAUAAUAGUAGCUCAACAGAAUCGUCAUCAGCAUCUGUCAGUCAUUCUGGAUUGUCUUCUGUUGUGGUAAACACAAGAAAAAAUUGCAGUAAAACUAGAAAAAAUAUGAACUCUGAACAAAGACCAUUAUCCAAAGAUGCUGCAACACGGGCUGAAAAUAGGAAAAACACAUCUCUAUCAGUUGAAUCUGUGUCUGUGUCAUCGAGAACAACUUCACAAGCUCAAACUCUGCUUCUGAAUGAAAAUGCAAAUGUACCAGUACUGCAACAGUCAAAAAAGUCCACUACUAGAACUAUACAAUCUUCAGUUAUGGAUAACUCAAAUUCCAGGUUGACAGCAACAUGUCAAAGAUCAAAAGGUAGCCAUGCUAAUCUUCCACUUCAAACUCCUGAACGUUUGCACCAUCAACUGCAGCAUAACUCAAGAAAAGCCUGUGAAAUUAGGCCUGUAGCUCAUCAAAUGUCUAUGCUUCAAAAGAACAGUGUUGCACCUAAAACGUCUCAGUGCAGUAGGAUGUGUAAUGUUCCAUCACAACCAUCAAUUAAUUCUCUCAACCAACCAUCUGUUGUACCACUGACUGAAAAUGGAAUAAGUAGAGGUCACAUUCCAUUCCAUAACACUGCUGUCAUCACAUCUAAUACUUUGUCAAAUGUAACACAUACAACCAAUUUAGUUAGUGAACGACGUCAUGUGGCAAGUACGGUGACAAGUUCAGCGAUUGUUUCUCAAAGCAGACAGACUGAAAACACAGUCGGCAGAGAAGUUCCUAGUGCAAACUUUCAAGCAAGGUCUCAUAAUGUUAAUACCUCAUCUGAAAAAGAAAAGUCAGAUUCUACUGUGCCAAGUAGACGUAGGUCAGAAGAAAGAAAUGAGAUAAGGACCAGUGGACCUGUCACUAAGCAGGCAAUUAGUAAUUUGCCAGAAAGAUCAAGUCAAGCUGGAACAGCUCAGAGUUUACAUAAGCAAAAUCUAUCUUGCCAGCAUAGCAAUAUUGGGCCAACAGAAAGAGGAGCUAGGGCAUUUUCAAAUGAACCUCAAAGAGAGCAGAAUGAAAGAGAUUCAUCUUCUAUACGGUCAAGAAGAGAGUGGCAUCAAAUGAUUCCACAAAUACAUGCCAGUGAUGCACCAAGAGUUGCAACUAGCUGUCAUAGGGAUGCCUCAGCAAACAUUCAUCAGAAUAGUGAUUCGAGGACAGCAUCAUCAUGGACACAUUUUACUAGACAUCAAAAUCACAUGAGCCGAGAUCAACCUCCUAGUGAAGCCAUACAGCAGACAUCUAAUCUUCCAAGCGAGAUUGUGUCAAGGCAAUCUGUUGUCGAUUCUGAUGCAGUACUUCCAUCAACUGUACAGUCAGACUCAAGGGUAAUACAGACAGUUCCUUUGAUUAGCAAUGUACCUGCACCAUCAAGACAUCCAUCUAAUAGUGCAAUAUCAAGAAAACAAAGACAGCGAUGUUGUGUAUCAAGGCAGGAUUCAAAUAUAUUGUCAAGUGAAACAUUACUAACUUUUCAACAUGGUCCAGUAGAACACAAUCAAUCACUAAGCACAUCGUGCAGCUCAUCAGGAGCACAUAAAACACCUAACCGAGUUGCUGCUGUUAGGGAGCAAAACAUGGUCACUCCUCUGGUAGAUGAAAGACUUGCGCACAAUAUCUUGGAACACAGACAUUCGCAGGGCUCAGAACACCGAUUGAGUCAAGCUUCUGUUACAGACCACACCUUUCCACAUCAAUCUCAUAACCCUGUUGCUCGACCUAUGUUAUACAAUUUUCCACAUAUGCUCAACAGCCAAAGUGAUGCUCAACAUAGGUUAUCAAUUCCAGGAGGAAUUGGUCGGCAUUCUCUUACAAAUCACCAUAUGAAUCAUCUACAGGAAUGCAAUUUGUCUACAUCCCCACACAGCAAUCAACAUACACCUCUUCAUCAAUCAAGUUCUAGACAUCUGUUGGUACCACCUCCUCCAUUUGGUCCUAUGCAUCGUUCUAUGUUCAUGACUCCUAGCCCUCAUCCACCUGAUGUAAACUUGAUGUCGCCUAGAAGUUUUUCAAGCACACACAUGCAUGAUGACUUGCUGUACAGUCCUAAUAUUCCAAGACUUCCUUCAAAUCCUGGUUAUCCAGACCGACUUCACACAUCUUAUCCUGUACAUUAUCUUCCAGAAGAUCGUAUUGAUUCUUGUUGCAGUGGAAGCCUCAGAACAUCACAUUCUCCAACCACAAACAAUUUUUCAUCACCUUGGAUUUUAUCAUCUCCUUCAAGAACUCCAGCUCCAUCUUUUCUUCCAUCAUUUCCAAGACACAAUAGCUUAAAUAGUCUUCCAUCAUCACAAGAUCUCUAUGGUUUUGGCAGCUCUGUUAAUAUGAGUAACCUUGCAACACAGCACCACAUGCCUGGCUGCCUUUCAGAAAUAAAUGCCCAGCAUCAUGUUGAACCUCUACAGAUACAGACAGAUAUCAAUUCCCAAGCUGAAAGAGAUGCCACUGGAUCAUCACAACUAUCUCCAAUUGUUACGCCACCACCAGCUUCGGAGACAUUAAGCAGGAAACCACUUAGAAAUAACUCAUCUGAACCAUCAAUGAGUCUUCCUUUACGCAACUCAGCUUCUGAGUGUAUUGCAAGUCAUCCUGUGCAAAGGAACCUGAUGGAAAAUUCUGUAAAUCAAAUUCUUACCAGGAACUCGUUAGGUGAAAACCAGAUUAGUCGACAGUCAAGACAAUCAAUAAGAAGCACCUCUUCAGAGACUCCUGGUCAGCAACCACCAUCCAGGAGGACUUCAUCGGAACAAUGUAUUUCCCAAACUCCAAUUACAACUUCCACAUCGAAUACUCAAAGAAACACAACAUUACACAAUUCGUCAUCAUUGCUAACUGCUGCAACGUCGGGUAACAAUAGUGGAAGGAGAACAACCACUGUACAAAACUCAGUUCAACAACAACCAAAUGGUUCCCUGGCACAACAGCCGAAUCAAACAACCUCAGUAUCUGACACUGCCUCUCAGAUCAUGACACCAUCACCAUCCCCACAAAGGACGAACAAUAAAUAUUUACCAAUUGAUGAAAUUUGUAGCAACCCUUCAACCUCGCUGGCAUCAUUAGUGGCACCAAGUCCUACACAGAGCUUGUCAGAUCAACCUGUCAAAUUCAAUGGUGUCACCCUUCAGUGUAGUCGGCAGAUUCUCUGUGAGUCAGGAAGGACUGUAUUAUGUUGUUGGCAUUGUGAUUUCCACACAGCAGAACCCAAAAAGAUGCAUCGACAUCAACGAAGGGAAGAAAAACAGAUGCGGUGUCAGCUUUGUAGCUUCACAAGCAACUCAAGAUGCAAAGUUGAUCAACACUUCAAAGAUAAUCACUUGGACAAAGAUGAUCCUUUUACAUCAGCAGUAUCUUAACCAUCACAUCAUGAUGUUUGUUUUAUGGAUAUGAGUGAAUCACAGAAAAAUAAUAUCCCUAUACACUGUUCAAGAAAGGGCUGAGCACACAAAGUACAACAGAUUACAAAAACUAUUUCUAUGGUACUAAAUUUGCAGAUAGGUAAUUAAAUGUUUUUCAUGAGAUUUAGAAUUUCAUGGUUUACUAAAAUAAUGUUCUGUGUUCUUGUAAUAUCUAUUUAUUAGUGCAUUAAAAAAUAUUGAUAUAAAUACAUUUUGAAGAUGGGUGCACCUACUGUCAAAAAGUGUUUGUUUAGAAUAAAUUUAAUGAUUUAAUGAUUAAUGGUGUUUUUUACUUCAACCAAAACACAUUUGUUUGACAUUUGAACAAACCAUCAGAAAGAUCAGUAGCCAAUCCAUGAAUUUGAAAUAGAUUAAGUGUUUUCAGCCCCAUCAUGGUUGGGGCUUAAGUACAAAUUUUGAUGGGUAUAGCACCUAUAGAUGGCUGGAAAUGGCACGCUCCCGACUUUGAAUGCAAUUGUCUCUCUUUUCCCCAUUUUUUUAAGGCAAGGGAAAGUUCCCCUACCCCCUUUCUUGAAUUCGCUCCUGAGAAUUGGGUAGAAGUUCAAUAAUUUGAUCCAUAAUUGUUUCAUGUAUUAUUGUAUGAAAUUGUGUUUUGUAUAUAUUUUGUAGACUGACAUACUGUCAAAUGCCACCUAUCAAGUUGAAUGGUUUCGCUUUUCUUUCAACCAAGUUGAUAGCCAAUUUAAAAAAAAAACCUUUUUUUAGGAUUUGAAGUGUUAAUCUCCUGAAAAUUGUAAGUUGAUGAUGAUCUGGUUAAAUAAAUUUAGAUAUUUGAUAACCUA